GUGUGUAUGUGCCCGCGCAGGGAGACAUGAAGAACUGUUUGGCGGCCGCGGCGCUGAACGGGGUGGACCGACAUGCCCUGCAGCGCACGGCUAGGCUGGGUCAAGAAGUGCUGGAGCGGGCCAAGAGGAGGGCGGUGGACUGGCAUUCGCGGGAGCUUCCCACAAGCGGUGUGGGGGUCACUUCCCAGGAGCGGCUCUACAGAGAAAGGCGGCCCGCAGCUGGCCCCCAGCGCCUUCUCCCGGGAGAGAGAGAAGAAAGACAACCAACCCUAAGUGCUUCCUUCAGAACAAUGGCAGAAUUCAUGGACUAUACUUCAAGUCAGUGCGGGAGAUACUGUUCAUCUGUGCUGGAGGAAGGAGGGGCGGUCCACGUCUCUCGGUAUCACAGAGGGAAGUCGGAGCUGCGCUGGUGCUGGGACGAUGGGCACGGCCAGGCUGAGAACACCUCUAAGGACCUCUACAUAGAAGUAUAUCCAGGGACCUAUUCUGUCACUCUGGGUACAAAUGACUUAACCAAGACUCAGGUGGUAGCAGUCGACUCGGGACAAAGUGUGGACUUGGUCUUCCCCGUAUGAUGUGGACCAUCAUGGCUAUCCCAUCACCUUUUUUUUAAGUAGCAAGAAGAAUAAAGUCACUGUAUGAUUCUUUUCAUAUUUACCCAGUGAUCCUGCUUUCAGGGCUGACUGUAGAGGGUCAGCCUUCCUGGGAAUUGGAGUUUGUCUCUUUCAGUGCCUAUUUUAAUUUAAACGUCUAGAAGCCCCCCCCCACCCCCACUUUCUGCUGAAAGU